CUUUGAUUGGUUUUGUUGCAUGCAAUGGAGAUUUUGGAUUAUGGGCACCCAGCAUAAUCCAAGAAAGUCAUAUUUUUUUGCAGAGAAUUGUCAGAGAAGUCGUUGUCAUUUGUUGAAGACAGUUUCAUCCAUUUUUUAGGGAGUGCUUGAGGUCCAGUGUAUCAACUUAAUCUUGUGGAAUAAUAAUUGCAAAAUGGAGUCCAAACACCAAAGACCAAGUGUGAUUUUAGAAUUGAUGGGUCUUGAUAAAGUGCCUCCCCAACAUCCUGUUAGAGCUAAACAGAAAGUGCUUUCUGAGAAUUACCUGCAGAAAGUUGCCUCUAUUGGUGUCAGAAAGAAGCGUUCAUCCGAUCAGCAUCAUUCCUUGGAAAUGAGUACUGAUGAUAUGGAAGAAUCAGAGGAUGUUUUAAAAGUGGUCAAAGCACUCAGGAGAGACAAGCACCAUAAUCCAUCAAAGGAAAAUGGGAAAGAGAUCCCAUAUUUGUCUGGGGCAAAGGUAAAAGGUGUGCCACAACAGCUUUUGGAUGCUUCAGUCAAUUGGAAGCCUGAAAGUUUGGUUGAUACCACUAGUUCAUUCAAUUUUGAAACAAGUGUGAAUUCAUGGAGGAUAGCUGAGAAGGGAAAUCUCCGACUGCGACAGAAAACAAAUGAUGGAUUGCAAAAAGAUAUGAAUGGAGAAGCUGGACUUUAUGAAACAUCUAGUCUUUCAAAAUCUCAACUGGAUCUGAAGGAUGAAACUUUCACCUCAAGAGUUUCUCUUUUGAAACCAAAUCCUGGAAAGGGAAGAAAUGGUUUAAAAUAUUUUUCAUUACCUAGUGCUUGCAAAAAUUCUCGUUUGGCUGAUGGGCCUCUCAAAGAGAUAUUUUGUCCUAGAAGCAUAAAAGUAUAUCCUGAAAUGAGAGGUAGAAAGAAAAUAUCCUAUCACAUGAAUUUUGGUAAGAAGAAUUCUAGAUCUUUUAGUAAAAUUUCAGAGGAAGUUUCUACACAAACAGGAAAUGUUGCAAACAGAGUUUUAGAAAGUUCAUUUUUCAGAGGGAAUGAAGCAUUUGUCAAAAGUUCUGAUAUGCUGAAGCCUGUUUCAAAUAUUACAGUUAAUGAGAUCCCACAAAAGUCCCAGUUCUUCUGUUCUGAUGGUUCAUAUGUAGGCUUUGAAGCCAUGAACAAAACUUUGGAGCAGAGGGAUGUGACUGAAAAAUUGCUAGAAGUCGGACAGCAUGGUCACGGCAGUACCCAUCACCAGUCACCUAUGAUUUCUGAACAUGGAAAUAGAGCAAGAAAUUUGAGUUAUCUAAAUGGUUUUGGCAAUGAUAAAAUUAAAAGGAACAAUAGAUGUAAGGUUGGUGUGAGUUAUAGCUUUGCCAGAAAAGUGCAGAUGGCCAGACCUCUUAGUGCAGCUUCUGUUAUUGGUAAUAAUUGCGGAACUAUGACUAAGGAUGACUUGUUUCAGAAAUAUUGGGGUGUGAGGAAGAAUGCAUCUGCAAACUGGUCAAUCCGGAAGCCAAAGAAUCAAAGUAUUAACCAGAAAUAUUGUUCUGAAGAUGUGAACCUCAGGUCCAGCCAUGAGAAAUCCUCUUCUUUUUCCUCUUAUUUCAAUAGCAAUCAUACUGAAGAAAAUUAUAUUGACCUCAGUAAGUUGAAGAAGAGAUGUAAUGGGAAUGAUUUGUCUGAUAAGAAACCCAUGCUUCCUCAAUUGUCAAGAUCAGGUCCUUCACACAGUCAGAUCUUGCAAGAGACAUGUUUAAUGAACAAUGACGUGAAGAAUAAUAUGCAUGAAGACAGUACUAUGUUAUUGCAAAAUGUUGUGUCUCCUGAUUUAUCAAUUGAUUGCUUGGUGUCUGAUGCAAAGACUGAGGUUGUUGGCUGGUCACAUAAUAAUCCAACCAUGCAGCAAUCUGAAUCAACAGCCUCCGUUGUGUCACAUGCAGACAGUGAUUCUUUGAGUCAUACUUCACAUGUUUCAACGCAACAGGAUACAUCAGAAUUUCAAGAACAUUCUGUUUAUUCACUUUGUUUUGGGGCUGGCCCAGAUUCCCUUGUUAGCUUCGAGCCAAGUCCAAUUUCAGUUUUGGAUCCCUCAUUCAGGGAAGGCAUUUCAUUUAGCUCUGAAUGUGGCUCUGGUGUAUAUGAUUCCUCUGAAGUGGAUGAUGAAGGAUUUGGUUUGAAUGUUUCAAGUGAUGAAGAUUGUGGGAAUGAAUCUGUAGUGGGUGACAUUGAAAAGAAGAAAGAGAUAGUAGGAUUAUUUGGAGCUGAAGAAAGCAGGGAUUUCUCCUAUGUUGUUGAGGUCUUAACUGAGGCUGGUAUAUCUAAUAGGAGCUUGUUUACAGACUUUUCCACAUGGCACUCAGCAGAAUGUCCUAUUAGCCCUUCUGUCUUUGAAAUCCUGGAAAAGAAAUUUGGUGGCGCGCAGCAACUUUGGAAGAGAUCCGAAAGGCGGCUUCUAUUUGAUCGCAUUAAUCUAGGGUUGUUAGAGAUUUUUCAGCCAUAUUUGUACAUUCCAUUGUGGGAAAAGCCUGUUUCAAGAAGGUUGAGUGCUGAACCAAGCCAAGACUUGAUUGAGGAGGAGAUGUGGGGGUUGCUUGUUUCCCAAGAAAAGAAAGCUAGUAAGGAGAAUGAAAACAAUAUGCUUGGUGGGGAAAUUAGGUGGAUAGAACUAGCUGAUGAUGUUGAAGAUAUUGUUAGAGAGAUAGUUAUAUUGUUAAUAGAGGAGCUUGCAAACGAGAUAGUUUAGCUUGGAGAAUUUUUUAAUACUCUAGUUUUUGUGUGCGGCUAUAGCAUUUUAUAUAUACAAGCAAUUCAUGUAUAGGUUGAUUUUGAUUUUUGAGAGGUUGAAGAGUUUGAAUUAGGAUAUAGGUAUAGGUUCAUUAUUCAUUCAUAUGGAGCAAUGUUGUAUUUCAUUUGUGUCCAAAAAAGAAAAAGGAAAGUGCUUGUUGAUUUGUUGAACUCGUUGUG